UAAAUUUGAAUGAACAAAUACGAAGUACUAGGUAUCGUUAACGAAGGAGCUUAUGGCAUUGUUUAUAAAGCCAAGAAUAAAGAAAAUGGGGAUGUUGUUGCUAUUUAAGAAAUUCAAAGAGACAGAUGAAGAUGACAUCGUGAAGAAGACAACACUUAGAGAAGUUAAAGUCCUCAGGAUGAUCAAGCAUCCAAACGUUGUGCAACUCAAAGAGGCUUUUAAAAGAAAGGGAAGACUGUUCCUCGUAUUCGAAUAUUGAGAGAAGAACCUCCUUGAAGUAAUCGAAGAUAAGCCACAAGGAUUAUCACCUGAAGAAAUCAAGCGGUUUAUUUAUGAACUCCUCAAAGCUAUUGAGUUCUGCCACAGACACGGAGUCAUCCAUAGAGACAUCAAACCUGAAAAUUUGUUGAUCGAUGGAACCCAAGACAUCCUCAAACUGUGUGACUUUGGAUUUGCUAGAACGAUGACCAAUAAAAAUAAAAAUAAAUUAACAGAUUAUGUAGCCACAAGGUGGUAUAGAUCCCCUGAACUUUUACUUGGCAGCUCUUAUGGAGCCCCUGUAGAUAUCUGGGCUAUCGGCUGUAUCAUGGGAGAAAUAACUGAUGGAGAUCCAUUAUUUCCAGGAGACUCUGAGAUAGACCAACUAUAUCAAAUUCAAAAAAUUAUUGGAAAACUUACUCCUGAUCAAGAAGAACAAUUUGCUAAAAAUCCGAGGUUCAUUGGCUUAAAAUUUCCUGAGCUUAAAACUCCAGAAACCUUAGAGAAGCAUUACAUAGGAAAGAUGGCAAAGAAUGCCAUUGACUUAAUGGGCGGGAUGCUUAGAAUGGAUCCUAAGGCGAGAUAUUCAGCCAUAGAUGCACUCAGCCAUUCAUACUUUGACACUGUUAGAGAUUCUGAAGUAGAAGAACUCAUAGAAUCACAUAAGGAGAAACUUGUUAAACAAGUUGAAGACCAGCAGAAACGAUUGAAAGAAAGCAAUAGCCGGACCAAAGAUCAUUCAAAAAGAAGGACUUCUACAGAAAAGAGUAGCUCAAAGACAAGGACGAACCCAUAUUCUCUGCCUCUUGGGACAAGCCCUCCUCAAUUCAAAAAGAAGAAGAAUACCCAGAAGUUUCAUAAAGAAAAGAAGGCGAGUAAUUCUAUCAAGAAUCUUAGAAAAGGAAGGUCAAGCUCUAAGGAUAACCAUCAUCGCAGGAAUGGGCCUACUAAUUCAUAUGACAGUAACGCUUAUCCUAGGAACACCAGGAAUAAGAGGAACAUGCCAAAUAAUGACUCGUUAAGAGAGAACCAAAGUAUGAGCAACUAUAUCCCUUCUUCCUUCAGUGGACUUUAUUUGAAUAGUACCAACACUAAAAAUGAAACAACUGAAUAUGAUUAUGAAAUCGGAGGAGAAUUUGGCCAAAAAGGGGUAAUGGCAGCUUCCACACUUCUUGAUAAUUCAAUGGGCCUCCCAAGCCAAGUUUACGGAACAGGGGAUCUUAAGAACAGUUUAUCAACUUCUGUUUCAGGGAUCUUGUCUAAAGCAACGUUACAGGCUAAAGACAUGAGGAAAGAUAACAGCUCCCGUAAGAUCCCUUCUCUCUCGCCAACAGGAAGAUCAGAUGAGAACAAGACUUCAUUUAAAUCAUAUCACAGUAGUUUGAUCAAUAAGGCUAUGAGCCAGUCAAAAAUUCGAAAAUUAUUUGAAAAUAUUUCUAACGAAAACAGUCAUUUACAGAGCAUUAACGAGACGCUUCCACCUCGUCAUGAUCAGUCAAGUUCAUACUAUGAAGAAGAGAAGUCUCAGAAAAGCUUUAGAGGAAAUAAAUCCAGGAAAAGAGGCUCCUUAAAGACUCGAGAGAAUACUGAGAGAAGGGCCAUACAGAGAUUCAAGCAGACACAACCUAAGCAAUCAUUCAAGAAGAAGAAUGAAUCUCAGAUGUCUAUUGUAGAGUUUUCUAGAGGGAGGAUGUCUGGUCAGAAUGAGUAUAAUUAUGAAAUACCAGACUCUCAGAAUACUUCACAGAUGAAAUCAGAGGAUUACAGGCACACUGGAGGGCAGUACCCAUUCUUAUAA